AUGGGGGUGAGUUCCUUCAUUUCGGGCCUGAUUCCAUUAUCCGUUAAUUUCUCCGCUAGCGGUCUUCAUCUGGUUUCCGUGUUUAGUGUGGGCCUACUAAUCUCAACUGCAUUCGUUCUUAUCAUUCCCGAAGGACUAGAACAUUACACCGUUCAUGAGCCGAUAGGUUUAUGGCUCCUGACCGGUUUUAUCGUGUUAUUCAGUAUUAACUCCAUUACUUCCAUAUUCAGCUCCAACACGAACGUUCCAUCGCAAUUCGAACAAUCCUUUCAGCUAUCGCAUUUGAAUGAUGAAUUCAUACGACCAUUGUCGCCUCCAGAGUCCGCACAGGCCCAGCCACAACUGGAACGACCAUUUGUUGCUUCAAAACGAGAAAAAAAUAUGCUGUUAGCACCUUUCAAGAACCCAAGGACUUUAGGACUUAUCAUUCAUGCUCUAACAGACGGUAUUGCUUUGGCAUCCUCCAUAAUGUCAGAUUCAGACGACUCUGUGGACUUUACCUCUGUGUUUGUGGUUUUUGCAAUCUUUGUCCAUAAACUACCUACUUGCUUCGCUCUAUCCUCUCUGCUGCUUGCUAGUGGAACAUCCAGCAAAGAGAUCCUCUACCAUGUUGGAGUUUUCUCAUCAUCAUCACCGAUCGGUGCAAUCUUGACUUACUUGGUGGUGGCGUUCGUUAUCAAUAGCAACUUCAAUGAGGCUGCUGGCGAGCUUCUGAUCUUCAGUGGAGGAGCUUUUCUGUUUGUUGGUUUUCAUGCACUUCACGAGACCCUGGAUCAUAACCAGAGUUCAAAAGAUAGAAUUUCGCAAUUCAAGGGGCUUGGUCUGUGCUUACUGGGAAUGAUCAUACCUGCAUUUAUUGCACUCGUUAGGGACGAGGCAUAA